AUGGCAGAAGAAGAUCGAGUCGACAUCUCCGAAGAAGUCAACCCGCCGGCUCCGGCCCAUUCUCAACCACCUCCAACACACGCUCCGCCACCUCCGACUCCUGCAGGCGUGCUCUCGGCGUACUCGGGCGCUCCUCCAACGCAUCUCCAGCCCCCGACGUCUUUAGGAGCACCCCUUGCACGGACCUCACAGACAUUCUCCGCCUCCGACGACAAGGCCCGCAUCGCGGCACUCGAGGGCACGGUCAACCAAAUGGCAACCAACAUGGCAGAGCUGCUUGCCCUACUCAGGGGACCAAACUGCGUAUCCUCGAGCUCCACGCCUUUGCUGGGACAAGGACCAACAGCCGACCCAACUCCUUGGGUCCCGCCGACUCAGGCCCCGGAGAACAUGGAGGUGCCCGCGCCACCAACACUGCAUACGUCCGUAGCUCACCCUUUCACCAGCUCAUAUCCGCCACCACCAGCCCCCACGGCAGUCCCUCUCUCACCGGCGACGUUCCUGUCCUCGGAGCAGGUCCUGCCCGAGCCUCCUCCUAUCUCUAUACCGAUCCCAGCGACGGCCUACACAGCACCUCCACCGAUGGUUUUCCCGGUGCCUAGUGCGCCCGCUCCGAUUCAUCUUCAAGCCACAGAACUUCCUCCAUACCCAUCUCUACAACCCCAUGUCGCCCUCUCACACCAGGAUAGCCUAUCGGGGUCGGCCCUCGAUUGGUUCAUGUCGCGGAAGGCCGAGGACAUCCCUACAUGGGAAGACCUCUCCCGGAAGUUUAUCGACCAAUACCGAUAUUGCGCAGAGACGCCUCCCACCCUCCUGGAACUGAGCACGAAAGAAAUGGCGCAGGGUCAACGGUUCGAGGAAUAUGCUACCAAGUGGCGUGCCCAAGCGGCAAAACACAUCCCUCCGAUCAGUGAAGCGCAACAGAUCCAGUUGUUUCACUCCACAUUGAGGGGAGUGUACUAUUCACACCUGUUGGCCCACACUUCGUCGUUUUCCGACCUCAUUGAGGCCGGAAAAAAGCUGGAUUUGGGGAUUAAGCUCGGAAGGAUGGAAGACCCCCGCCAGCAAAGGAGAGGAGUCGUCAAAGAAGAUCCCCGCCAAGCCGUCAUCUUCCGGCGGAAGGAGAGAGAAUGA